GGUGAGGGGGCCUCACUGCAGCGCUCUCUUCCUCACUGCUUCUCACUUGCCUCUGGAGUCAACUGGCAUCCCACACUGACUGUCCAAGCGGCCAUCCAGAGUCCUCGUCCAGCAAUAUGAGAUGAGCCGCUUUUCAAGGAGAUUUCCUUUCUUCUGGGAGCGGAGGGCAACCAUACAAGAUGAAGAGACCAGACCCCUCGUACCGAAGGAGACCCCUCAGACACGUCCUGCCUCGUCCCUUACAUACCUGGGCACGGACGACAGCUCUGAGAGCAAGACCGACUCAAGUUCGUCCAGCCAUGAAGAACAAAGCAGGAUGUUCCUCAGACCACAAACGCACACCAUCUCCAGCCUGACUGACUGCCUGCUGAAAUUUGUCCUCUUCAGCAGUAACCUGCUCUUCACCGCGCUGGGUCUGGCCACACUGGGGCUCGGACUCUGGGGCCUUUUCAACAAAGAAUCCUUCACCCAGGAGAAACUGGACAGCAUCGGCACUGACCCCAUGCUGCUCUUCGUCUUCCUGGGCUUGGUGCUGUCACUGCUGUGCCUGACGGGCUGCGUGGGGGCCGUGCGGGAAAACUGCUGCCUUCUUCGCACCUUCUCGGUUGUCCUGUUGUUCCUCGUGGCCGCCCAAGUACUGGCAGCCAUUGUGGCCUACAGCCUGCAGGGUCAGAUUACCAACCUGCUACGCACGGGCAUGCUGAACGCCAUGGUGCGCUACCAAGACGACCUGGACCUGAGGUUCAUCACGGACGAGAUCCAAACAGGGUUACAGUGCUGCGGGGCGGAUAACUAUCGAGACUGGCAGAUCAACAGCUAUUUUAACUGCUCAGCUCCAGGAAUUCAGGCCUGCAGUGUGCCACCUUCGUGCUGUGUGGACCCUCUGGAGAACGGCACAGUGUGGAACUCUCAGUGUGGAGUCGGGGCUCAGCUGCUGGACGAGUUCUCAGCCCAGAGUGUUAUAUUCUUGGGGGGCUGCCUGGGCAGCAUCUCCCGCUGGAUUGAGCAGCACUCCGGCCUCAUAGGCACGGUGGCAAUCGUUCUGCUGGGAGUCCAGCUCAUCAUGCUGAUCGUUGCCACACGCCUGCUGGACAAUAUUCAAUGGAAUAGAACCCAAGCACAGCAAAGAAUGGCCAGAAGCUAACGCUCCUGAGUGUUAGGUGACUACAGUACCACACUAUGUACAAAUGCCUUCUGACUUUACUGGGCAUUUGUACAGUCUUUGUCAACUUCUCGAUGAAAUCAUAACCGAUUAAUUUUUCCCAUGAACAACAUGAUAUAUAUAUAUAUAUUGUAUAUACAGCGCUGUGUGAAAGUU